AUGACGCUGGGAGUCGGGGACAUGAUGCCAACAAGGGCUGGCCUUAUCCCGGGUAAAAAACAGUGCGUCCUUCUGAACGGCAUUUGCAAGCCCGGGGGCUGCACCUCCACGGACGACACCAUUGGGGUGUGUAACGACGAGCAGAAAUGUUGUCGGAGGUGGUGGAUACUGUUUCCCUACCCAACGCCAGCUCCCAAGUCCAAGUCUCCUUAG